UCUGUAAACUGACCGCUAAUCAGUUCGCGCGACAGUCAGCCUCGUGCGCGUGUAUUCAUAUCUCUUCGAACUUGGGUCGCUUAUGAAUGUUUGGUGCAUUCACGACUGGACUCAGUCACUUGUAAGAUUGCUAGAAUAACAUCUACAAGUUUUCACAUGAUUAAACCAGAGUGAUGGAGCUGAACGGUCUACAGUCUGGGGACAGGCACAGUGAUGGAGCUACACAAUGUCUGGUCUCACAAGAGUCCCCAUACCGCACAACAACCAUGGCCGGACACUCUCGUUCAAACCUCUACCUUGCCUGUGUUGCCGCGAACAUUGCUUCAUUUUCAAUCGGCAACUGUUUCACAUGGACUUCUCCGACUCUGCCACGAUUGCUAGAGGAUAAUGAUAUCUUGCGCAUCACAGAUGAUCAGUCGGCUUGGAUUGGCUCCCUCAUUGCCUUUGGAGCAAUCUUUGGCCCACUGCUGGCAGGAGCUCUGGUCAACACAGUGGGUCGCAAAUGGGCCAUCACCCUGUCUGUCGUCUGCAUCACUGUUAGCUGGGUGAUGUUGCUGUUCGCUCGAACCCUGUGGCUCAUGUACACAGCAAGGGUGGUGGCCGGUAUGGGUGGUGGAAUCAUAUAUACUGUGGUGCCCAUGUAUGUGGCAGAAACUGCAGAGGAUGAAAUUAGAGGUGCAUUGGGCUCGAUGUUGGCAUUCUUCCUCUGUACAGGAUUCCUCCUAGCCUACCUAGUGGGACCUUACGUCUCAUAUACUGUGCUGAUACUGGCGUCUCUAGUGGCUCCUGUUACGUUUCUUGUGGUAUUCCCUGCUUUCAUGCCAGAGACUCCUUACUUCCUGCUGCAAAAUGGGAAAGAAGUGGAAGCUUACAAGAGCCUCUCGUGGUUAAGGAAGGGAGCUUCCGCUGAAGAUGUCAAAAAAGAACUCCAUACCAUGAAGGUGUCAGUGGAGGCAACAUUACAGGAGUCCGGCACUCUCAGUGAUCUGUUCUCCACGACAGGAAACCGCAAGGGACUGCUGUUAUCCUGUGGUCUAGUGGCAGGUCAGCAGCUGAGCGGCAUCAAUGUUGUCCUGUUCUACGCUGAGAGUAUUUUCCGCAUGACAGGCUCUGACUUGUCUCCCUCGCUCAGCUCGACUAUAGUAGCAGUUAUCCUCAUCUUAUCAGCAGGCAUUGCUGCCCCCCUAGUUAAGAAGUUUGGGAUGAAAUGGCUUCUUAUUAUCUCUGCUAUUGGAAUGGGAGUCUUUCAGGGCCUACUAGGUUUCUAUUUCUACCUCCUCCACAUAAACACUGACGUGUCUUCACUUGGCUGGUUGCCCAUCUUCAGUCUCAUUGGUUACAUAACCCUUUAUGCUAUUGGUUUCGGGCCACUACCAUGGGCAGUCAUGGCUGAGAUGUUUCCCACCAACGUGAAGGCUGUGGGAUCAGCACUUACAGCCUCCUUCUGCUGGGUCAUCGGCUUCCUCAUGACCAAGUUCUUUGUUGAUGUCUCUGUCUCUCUUGGCCAGUACAUUAGCUUCUGGAUGUUCACUUUUUUCUGUAUCCUCAUGACGUUCUUUACAAUCUUCUUGCUUCCUGAUACCAGAGGGAUGUCUUUUGAUGAGAUCCAAGAUAUUCUUAAUAACCGUCGGAGAGGGAAUAGUUAGAUUUCAACUUAGUGAUGAAAAGGGUUGUCAUAUUUUUUCACGAACAUAAAAUGAGAAUUUUUGAAAUAAGAUAAUUUUUUGUUAAAGUGGAAACUCAAUACAUUUAAGUAUUUUCAUGGCUCAAAUGAGAGAAAGGUAGAUUUCAUUUGAGGCUGUUAUCUUCAUCUCAAAUUACCAAAUGGAAGGUGACAAAUACUUCCCAAUCAAUGAUUCUUACAAUGAUGGUAUGAUAACUCUUUAACCCAUUGGCCUAAUAUUUUAAGCAGCUUCUGAACUCUACAGAAAAUGUUAUUUAAAUUUGCUUAAUAUUUCUGAAAAUCAUCAUUUUGAUUUUAUGUUGGUAAAUUGUUGAGAUAACAAUUUUGCACAAUGCAAACAACUCAUAAAUUCAUCAGAGCAAUGUGCAAAUAUUUAUCUAUAUAUCAAGUUUUGCCUGUGUAUUUUACAAAUUACGGAAAUUAUCGUAUAUCUGCUAUGUUGAAUACAUAUAAAAAUUACCAACAUCUAUUAUUAUAAAACAAUGAGAUAAAAAUAUGUAAAAAAACAAAUAUUUUUGUAAAUGACUUGUAUUUUUCUAAAACACUUCAAUUGACUCUAAAAUGCUUAAUAACUAAUAUGCAACAACUCUUUUACCAAGAUUUAAAUGGGAGCCAUCUUAAAAUGUAAGAGGAUAACAGAAUACGUAAAGUAAAAGUUAUUUAAAACUUCAUAUUUUUAAUAAAAAUAAUACUUAUUGGGAAACAAAGUAAUUAGAAGUGUAAGAUUAGCAAAAAUACAACAAAUCCCCAGUAUAUUCCAUC